AUGGCGCCGUGGUUAGAAUUGCCCUAUGAUAUAACUAAAGUUACCGCGGAAGAAGAUAAAAUCAUCAAGAGGUGUCUUACAGGCUACACUAGGCCGUUUGUAAAAUGCGGCAAGGCUGGCUACGUGAUGCCCAGCUCGUUCACCAAAUGUGCUGAGACUAUAUACAACAUGAAAGUGAGACCAGACGACGUGUGGGUCAUCACAUUCCCGAGAUCAGGCACAACAUGGACUCAAGAGCUGGUAUGGUUAGCUGAAAACGACUUAGAUUACGAAACAGCUAAGAGGAUUCCGUUGCACGAGAGGUUUCCAAUGUUGGAAACUACAACGCAGAUCCCGGACAUCGCUUUCGAAUUGAUAAAGAUGAACUUUAUGAACCUCAGCAGCUUCCAAGGGCUUGGCAGCGCGGUGCGAGAGUCCAGUUGGGAAACAAUAGACAAAGCCCCAUCACCACGAUACAUAAAGACCCAUUUACCAUUGUCGCUACUGCCUCCAUCUUUGCUCGACACGGCUAAAGUGGUGUACGUAGCGAGAGAUCCGAGGGAUGUGUGCGUCUCAUACUACUUCCUGCACAAAAUGGUCGUCAAGAAUCUGUUCAAGAUUCAGUUCCAUCAUUUCUGGGAAGCGUUCAGGAGAGAUCUGCUGCCUUGGACACCUAUAGUGGCACAUACGAAUGAAGCGUGGGUGAAGCGUUAUCAUAGAAACUUACAUUUCGUUUUUUAUGAAGAUUUGAUUGAGAAUCUUCCUAAUCAAAUCCGCCGGUUGUGCACAUUCCUCGGUCGGAAGUACUCUGAUGAACAGAUCGAGAAUUUAGCACAUCACCUCAGCUUCGAUAGUCUACGUAAAAACAAAAAAGUUAACAACACUAUCGGAGAUGAUGGCGUACAGUUCAUCAGAAAAGGUGAAGCUGGCAAUUGGAAAGAGCACUUCGACCCCAAGCUAGAGUUGGAAGCUGAAGAGUUUCUCAUAGAACGACUCAGAGGGCUUGACCUCAAUUACCCAUCGAUUUCCUUAGUGGAAAACACAUAUUUAUAG